AAGUUGAAUAGAAUAACUUUAUUUAAUCAAAUAAGCUGUGUCAUUUGGAUUAGGUAAUAAAUACAUACGCCAAACAGCACAAUGUAGACAGAUGGUGGAUUUAAGUGAAUGUUAGAUCUUGUUCGAUUUUAGAACAAUCUUUCCGGGCGGUUCUUUUACAUUACAGUUCACCAUAUUUGAGGCUCAUGCUAAGUGCAAGAACAUCCUGUCAUGGGUGAAGAAGGCCUCUUCAACUGAGGUGGUCCCUGCCCUUGAUCUCAGCAUGGAUAGGGAUUUGCCCUGGACACCAUCAUCAUCAUCAUCAACUUCCUCCUCCUGGUCUUCAGUCGUAAUCAAUGUAGCAGAUCUGGGAGCGGCCUCCACAUGCCGCAGCAUCAGAUUCAGCCUUGGGCCAAGUCAUGGGCCAAGCGAGGUCGCCAACCCUAGAACUGGUGCCAGCACACGGAACCCAACUCCCUUCCCCUCCCCCAUUUUCUCAGAUGAGUCUUUGGGAAAUGAGGAAGAGGAUGACAACCUAAGAAAAUAUUGCUCCGCAUCUGAGGACAGAGAUAGAGAGGAUUGGGACAGACCCCGCUCAGACCCCCUGAGGUCUGUGUUUGGACUGUCUCACAGCUUUAUCUUCAGUCAGGUUCACAGAGACGCCCACAGGUCCCUGAGUGAGGUCAUACUGCCGUCCAUCCAGAGGAGACCGAAGAAGAUGAGGCCUAUUAUUCUGUCUGCGGACACCAGGCUGAUCAUGGCCAUUGUGGAGAUCAUCAUCAAGCAGAUAAAUGCAAGACUAGCCCAGAUUGUGCUGAAAGGAUGUGCCAGUCAGGGAGCCGAAGCUCCUUCGACCAGCAUCAGCUCACCGAGCAGUCAAUUUGCUGAGCAGAUGCUGAGGAUAAUCACAACCACAAUGAAUGGCCAUAUCAUGGGACAGAUGGCGCUCACUCGGCUGUCUGGAAAGUCCCCUCUGGAGAUCGAGAGCAGGCUUGAGACAGAGCUAGGGCCACUGGCAGGUCAGGUCAUUGUUGCAACCAUCAGCAGCAUCCAGAGGGCGAAGAGCAAUGCUCAGACAGGACAUGAGGUUCGGGUGUCCUCACCUUGCACCUACUUCCUGUCAGCUGUGUCGGCUGAGGUGCAGAGUCUGGUGGUCCAGAGAUCAGGGACCAGGAUGUCAGCCAGACAGUCAGGCAGCAACCACCUGCUGAACCUGUCUCAGGCAAAGAUCACCAGGGCCGUCGAGUUGAAAAUGGCUGAAAUGUACGGCGGAUCCCUGUGGGAUUGGUCCCUGACAGAACAGAAUAUCCAGCCAGGUCAUGACAGAAUCACUGCCAUGUCCAGUGAUUUGGUGGAUUUGGUGCUCGAUGAUACCCUGGAUGCCCUUGGAUAUCUAGAGAACCAGGCAUUAUCCGGGCCCCAGAGCGUUGGCUACCGGAACGGGAUUGAAGGCCUCGACAUUGAUGGUGUGGCAAGGGACAUGGUCCGGAAAGCUGCAGUCAAACUCAAGACAUCCAUGUCUGAUCUUGAGCUGGAGGUGGGAUCCAGAUCCUCACAGGGCAGCAGUGGUCCCUCGAACCACUCACCUCUGUCUCGCUCCCACUCCGACCCGAGGAUGCUCUGUGUCUGGUCAGCAGCGGGAGUCAGAACUGUCCUGCAAGUGUUAAAAACAGAGCUUGACAGCAACUCAGAUGAGUCCUUUGAUCCGCUCCAGAUGGCUAGAAACCUUCUAGCACGUCUAGCGUCGGGUGUCAAGAGCAUCGACAAUCUGGAAAUUGGUGACAUGCUCCAGGGCACCUCAGCAAUCAUGGAGCCGGAGGCUGUGAGAGAACACCCAGAAAUAUCUUCCACUGCCAUCUACCACUCCCUGCUCAUUGAUUGUCCUUUCCCACCAUCAGAGAGGGUUCAGGAAACAAUUAUCCUAAGCCAUCCACUCACUGCACAGGACGUGACCACACAGAGGAAAAAGCAGCAUUCUGCUGACCUUCAGACCGACAGCCUAAUGGCAGAAUACCCUGCCAAGGCACAACGGGUAGUGACUCAGGUCAUAAGAGAUUCUCCUUUAACCGUGAACAUCCUGUCAGCCCACGUCUCCUCAAAGACCAUUGCUGAGGCCUCAACUCACGUUCUUGAGUCCCUUCUAGUGGACUUAAACGAGGCAGUUGAGGUGAGUAGGGCAGAGCGGAGCAAGUUCUGGGAACAGGUCCAGUUAUCCUCCCAGAAACUUUACAGCACAGCUGUGGACAAGCUGAAGAGUUUGUACACUGGUUGCCUCCUCAACAACGAGCAAGACCACCAGGAUACCCAUGUAACCGCUGACAAAAUCCAGGACAUGGAAGUGUCUACCAACAAUGACCUCAAAGACCCAACAGUUGCAGUCAGCCAAGAGUUAGUCCGACACAGCGCAAAGAAGAUCCUCACAAAGGUUCUGAAUGUGAUCAAAGCCGGAGUAGCUGGCUCAGAGCACUCAUCUGUGGGCGAGCAGAUGACCGAAGAGUGCCAAGUUGCCACAGAGAUGUUGGACUCCAUUCUGAACAGACUAGAAGAUGAUGAGCCUGAUGUGGGUGAAGAGGAUCAUCUUCAUGUGAUGUCUGUCCGUGACAUCUACGAGGAUGUCUCAUCUAAAACCUCUCAGGUUUGUAUGGUGAUGAGUAGCCAGGCGAUGGACGCGUUGACCGAUGAUGUGUCUGCCGCGACCUAUGUGCAUGAUAUUGUGUACAGGUCAGAGAGUUGUCUCUCUCAGGCCACAAGUACCCACAGGUCAGGCACUAGCCAGGCCUCCAGUGACCUUGUUGUUGAGUACAUGUCUGAGCUCCAUGCCAACUGCCUUGACACCGCAUUGCCUGUGAGGUGCACUUCUACAGCUGUUGGCGAUACAGAGACUUGUCAUGUCCCCUCUGCCAGAGUGAAGAAGAAGAGUCAGGGCCGGAGGUUCAGUUGCUGCCCAAAGUUGCCAACGGUCAGGAUCAAGGUGUUCAAGGGCAGAGUGGAACCAGAGAGCCUCCCCGCUCAAAAGGAGCUGCCUUCGCAGCGUUUCAGCACCUCUCGAGUUGCGCUGUAUGAUGAUCAUGCUGUCCCAUUCAUUCCCCAACUUGAGGACGACCUGCCACCAGCACCUGCACAGGAGUCCCGUAAACGUCCCCUGUUUGUGAGAAUGUUCCGGGCCAUUUCCAGGGCCAUCUCAAAGCCAUUCAAGGGCUGUGCUUUUUGCAAGAAGAAUUAGGAAAGGGUUAGCCAUCAACAUCUAAUAAACAUAUUAGCACCAUUGAUUUGUGUGUCUGCAGUCAAAUUUAAUAGACUCUCUUGACAUGGCAUUUUAGCAGACCCUUAUCCAGAGCAACUAGGGUUAAGUGCCUAAGUCAGUUUGGAGAUACAAACCAGUGACCUUUUGGUUAUUGGCCCAACACUCUUAACCACUAGGCUACCUGCCACUGCAUGGGUUUUACCAUAUUGCUUAUUCUUUUUUGAUUCCUUCCUAUCUGCAAAGAGGUUGACCCAACUGAACAUUUCACACCAGAUUUCUAUGUUCCAUUUGCUGUUUUAAGUACAUGAUUUCAAUAUAUGUAAUAUACUUGCAAACUGAGAAGGCAUUUGACACCAGAUUUGUUUGUUUUGACCUUGGUGAAAAUGUGUUUAUAUGACAUUGCAGCACAAUAUUAAUAUAAUAAGUGUCUUUUUCAACACAUUUUGAUGCAUACAUUUCCAGUGGGGGGAGGGGUAUGGUUUGUGGCCCAUUAUAUUCUAUACAGCUCUUCGGGAGAGGUUGCCAAGGUCAAAGUAGAGCUAUUAUCAUCCUGCUGAUCAUACAGUAUUUGGAAUGAAGAAGGGUCCAUUAAUAGGGGCUAGGGUCAGCCUGAAACUGAGAGGUAUAUGUUGGUUGGGGGCCAAGGGUGGGCUUGAAAAUGGGCCAUUGACAGUUGCUAUUUAGAGCUUCUGCUUUCCCUAGCUCCUUCUGUCAAUUUACAUAAUCCCUCUGUCUCUCUUGCACCCCUUUGAUAGUUUGAUUUGUGAUCACCUCUGUAAAUCUCUUAUAUUUUUACAAAAUAAUUAUCUCAACUAUGGCCUAUGGAUGGAGGGGUACCAGGAGGGAAAUGUAAGAGAAUACAGAUGUGUAUUUGAAAAUAUAGAAAUGUUCCCAAUUCCAAUACUGUAUAUGAAGAUAAUAUGUUCCCAUUAUGCAUAAUCUUUUAUCUUUAUUUUGUAUGAUUUGUAUCUGUCUCUUGCCUGUCUCUCACAUACUUUCACACAUACCCAAUGAUUACACUAAUAUGUACACUCUCAAAGAAAACAUAAAUAAAUACAGAUUGAUGAGAUAGUUAGAAACAUUACAUUCAAAAUACAUUUAAACUUUUUGUCAAUGUCAAAGGCAAUAGCUUAAUAUCUUUCUACAACCCAUGGAGAACAGGGCGCAAGUAUUUUUGUGAGACCGUUUGUUUGUAAAGAGAGAAAAAAUACAAUUUAUUCCGAGUUCAGGGGUCAAGAAAAAGGAAUCACGUGAUAGUGAAUGUUGCACUAAGCCUGCGCUCAAACCACUGACUAAUAAAACACCU